AAAUCCAGUAGCAGUUCAGUGAACAGUUUAACGGAACUACCAGAUACUGGCACAUCAAUACACAGAACGCCAGAAAAAGUGACAGGACCAGAUAUCAACACAUCUCGUAUCUCUUGUUCGCCUUUUACUAGUCCUUUACACGACAUUACACAGGAAUUUAAUAGAUCUAUUUACUUGGGAAAACAAACAGAACAUUCUAGAAAAGAUGCUUCAAAGACUUAUUCUAGCGAGAAUCAUAACUCUGUUGACUUGGAAAAUACCAAAAAUAAAUUGAGGAAUAAAGAUAAUGAAUUGUCUAUAGAUUUGGAAAACCGUUUGGAACAUUCUCGAAAAGAUUCCAUAAAAACGAAUUCUGCAUCCAAAGAGAACGAGCUAAAGAACAAAGUUUUCAACAACUUGAAAAUUCGAAGCGAUUUGUUUAGAAAACCUAACGACGAUGACGACGAGGUGACCUUUAUUGACAGUACUCAUGCGGAGGAAGGUUCUAGAAAGAAUUUGAAGGUUAUAGAUGAUGACGUCACUAUCGUUGAGACGAAUCCGGAGAUCAUUGCCCUGAGCAGCGACGACGAGGAAGAGGAAAAGAGAUCACCGUCGUUGAAGAAAUCUCCAUCGAUAAAGAAAUCACCCAAAGUGAAGGAGGAUUCUCGUCAGCAGUAUAGCGAUGGUGAGGAAUCUACAUCCAGCCGUGGAAAGGGUACCAUUAAGCAGUAUUUGAUGCCGCACAGUUACCCUAACCAACAGGUAGUGUACGUGAAGAAAGCACUAAGAGAGAAUGAGCUUGCCAAGUUGGAAGGAAUUAAAGAAGACUUGCGCAAUGUCAAGUACCUGCUGGAGCAGAUGGACAUAAGCACCCUGCCGGACGGUGGCACGAAACUGGUGCAACGUCUUACGGAGCUGGAGCGCGAGGUGCGACUCCAGGGGGACAAGGUCGCAAACAUGGUCGUCGCGCCAGACGAGCCGUCUGCGGAAAUGCUGAAGAACGACGGAUUCCAGCGCGAGGAGAAAAUGCUGUCCUGGGAUGACAUCCAGAAGGGUAGCAAUGCUGUCCAGCCGCGCAUGUUCGGGAAACAGGCAAUGGCCACCCACAUGGCGGAACGCAGCCUGAUCCUCGAUCGUCUCCGCGAUCUUCACGAAUCCCUCGCCUCACGGCCCGCCGAGUCCAAACACGCCGAGCAACCGAAGGCUGUUAAGACCAAGCUCAUGGUGCAUCAGCUGCAUGCCCUGGAGUGGCUGCGCUGGAGGGAAACUCAAAGACCCACUGGUGGUAUACUCGCGGACGACAUGGGCCUGGGGAAGACGAUAACGAUGAUCUCGCUGAUCGUGAGCGACAAGGGCGCGCACACCGACGACGACAGUGACGACGAAGAACGAGGCAGCUCCAAAUUGGCCCGUGGCGGCACGCUGGUGGUGUGCCCCGCGUCGCUGAUGCAGCAGUGGGCGGGAGAGGUGGCCAAGCACUGCGCGCCGCACGCCGCCUCCGUGUGCCUGCACCACGGCGCGCAGCGGGCCACGCACGCGCACCGCCUGGCCACCUUCGACGUCGUGCUCACCACCUACAACAUCCUGCAGCGGGACAACGAGAAG